AUGCCUGUGUGGACCGUUGGGGAACCGGGCACAGGGGGCUUUAGCUUCGGCCAACCCACUACAGCAGCCCCUACACCUGGAUUUGGUAUGCCGGCCUCCACCACGGCACCCGCGGGUGGCGGUUUCACUUUUGGAAAUGCGGCUCAACCCAGUGCCAACCCUACCGGCGGCUUUUCCUUUGGUACCCCUGCCAAAAGCACCGCUUCUGGAGGUGGCUUCUCAUUUGGCACUACUACAGGCUCGUUUGGCCUGGCCCCAGCCCCUCAGACGACUACAGGGAUGACUCUAGGCUCCACUACUGCUCCUGCUGCGGGUGCAGGGUUCACCAUGGGUGGUGGUCUGUCCGCGCAGACCCCCGCUGCUGCACCCACCGGAGGAGGGUUCAGUUUUGGGGCAACUCCUCAGACCCAACAACCAGCGGCUGCUCCGGCUGUGACCUCGUCAACUGCAGGCUUUGGCGGCUUCAGCUUUGGCACCAAAGGACAGGCUACUACAGCUGCAGCUCCUACCACUGCCACAGGAGGAGGCUUUACAUUUUUAUCUACUGCCCCUUCUACCCUAACCCUUGGCAGCCAGCCAGCUGCUCCAACAGCAGCUACCACCACCACCGCACCACCACAACCUGCAGACUUUUCUCUGGGCAUCAAACCAUCCACCACGCCUGCUCCUCCAGCCAUCACCCAGGUAGCUCCAUCCGCCGCUGCCUCGCUGUUCUCCCUCACCACACCUGCCUCUAGUGCCGCUCCCACUCUGGGUACUGGGUUUGCUCUGCCCAUUGCUCCAACUUCUAUAGCAGCCAGCGCUGCGUCAGCCACUACAACGGCAGCUGGAGGCUUAUCGUUGAUGCUGAAACCUUUGGGAGCUGCUACCACCGCUGCUACUUCCACCGCUGCUGCUGCUGCAGCACCUACUGCUAGUGCUCCUGCUGCAGCAGCAGCUGUCACAGUUGGGGCCACUCCUGGCUUUACACUGGGGCUCAAACCCACCACAAGCAUAGCUGCAACUACAUCCGCAGCUGCUAUCCCCAGCACUACUACCACUGCUGCUCCUCCAGUGAUGACGUAUGCCCAACUAGAGGGUCUCAUCAACAAGUGGAGUCUAGAGCUGGAGGAUCAAGAGAGACACUUCCUGCAGCAGGCCACUCAAGUGAACGCCUGGGACCGCAUGCUAGUGGAAAACGGUGAGAAGAUAACAUCACUUCACAAAGAGAUGGAAAAGGUGAAGUUGGACCAGAGGCGCCUCAACCAGGAGCUGGAUUUCAUCUUGUCCCAGCAGAAGGAGCUGGAGGACCUUCUGUGCCCCCUGGAGGAGUCCGUGAAAGAGCAGAGUGGAACCAUUUACAUGCAGAAUGCAGAUGAAGAGCGCGAGAGGACCUACAAGCUAGCAGAGAAUGUGGACGCUCAGCUAAAAAGGAUGUCUCAGGAUCUGAAGGAGAUCAUCGAGCACUUGAACACAUCCAGUGGCCCCGCUGACACCAGUGAUCCGCUUCAACAGAUUUGCAAAAUCCUCAAUGCGCACAUGGAUUCACUGCAGUGGGUUGAUCAAAAUUCAGUUCUAUUGCAGAGAAGAGUUGAAGAGGUAUCCAAAAUGUGUGACAACCAGCGCAAGGAGCAGGAGAAAACAUUCCGUUUAACAUUUGACUAA